AGAGGGCGGUUGUCGCAGCUGUGGCCAAUCUUAGCGACCUAGUGGCCUUGUUUAGCGCGUAAAGUGCUGCAUGUACCUCGGCGCUGAGGGGUCUCGUGCGUGCCCCAUCGUUAGCGUGGUUAGAUCGUUGACUAGACGUUGCACCAAGGAUUUACAAUGUGAUGGUAGUCGUGAAAACUAUGGAUUACCGUUGUACAGUAUUUCUGGCCUGCUGAUCGGCAAUUGCUGAUCGUGAUCACCUGGUAGUCAAACAGCUGUUUCAAUCUGUUGACUAAGAAUCUGUCAAGAACAGUGCACAUUCAAGAUGAAGCUGCUCAGCCGUGACAUUGAUAAAGAUGGAAAGGGCCGUGUGUCAUUGGUUCCUGAGGAUGCAGAAGACAUAUGGCACGCAUACAACCUUAUUCAUCCAGGGGAUACCAUCAGAGCAUCAACAAUCAGGAAGGUGCAGACCGAGUCGGCCACCGGGUCAUCCUCCAGCAACCGGGUGCGGACCACGCUCACCAUCCAGGCCGAGGACACCGACUUUGACACGCACGGCGCUGUCCUCCGCGUCAAGGGCCGCAACGUCGAGGAAAACCAAUACGUCAAGAUGGGAGCCUACCACACCAUCGAUAUCGAGGCUAACAGGAAGUUUAUGCUAUACAAGACCUACUGGGACACCGUCUCCAUCGAACGUGUGGAGAUGGCGUGUGACCCCACCCAGCACGCGGACCUGGCGGCGGUGGUAAUGCAGGAGGGGAUCGCGCACGUCUGCCUGGUCACCUCCUGCAUGACACUGGUCCGCGCCAAGAUCGACCAGCCCAUCCCCAGGAAGCGCAAGGGCCACACGUCCCAGCACGAUAAGGGGCUGCAGAAGUUCUUCGAGACGGUGAUGCAGGCGCUGCUGCGACAUGCUCGGCUGGACGUGGUCAAGUGUGUGCUGGUGGCCAGUCCUGGCUUUGUCAAGGACCAAUUCGCCGAGUACAUGUGGCAAACGGCCUUCAAGACGGAUAACAAACAGCUGCUGGAGAGCAAGAGCAAAUUCUUGCUGGUGCACGCUUCCUCGGGCUUCAAGCAUUCGCUGAAAGAGGUGCUGCAGGACCCGGCCGUGAUGGCACGCCUCAGUGACACCAAGGCGGCGGGAGAGGUGAAGGCGCUCGAGACGUUCUACCGCACGCUGCAGGAUGACCCGAGCAAGGCCUACUACGGCUACAAGCACGUCGAGCGCGCCAACGAGGCGCAGGCCAUCGAAACCCUGCUCUGUUCUGACAAGCUGUUCCGGUCGCUGGACUUGUCGGAACGGAAGAAAUACGUCGCCCUGGUGGACAGUGUCAGAGAGUACGGCGGCGACGUUAAGAUAUUCUCCAGCCUCCACAUCUCCGGUGAACAGCUGGAGCAGCUGACCGGCGUGGCGGCCAUCUUGCGGUACCCGAUGCCCGAGAUCGAGUCGGACGACGACGAGGAUGAGGAGGGGGACGACUGACGAGCGUCCGGCCCCGCCGGCCCGGCGACGUAGCCAACCUCCGUUCGCACGCAGAGGACCGCCGGACCGGCCCGAGGACACGGUCCUCAGGCCGGAGACAGCAGCGCGGGCGGUCCGCUGCCGCUGGGACCGGGGCAGCGGGUGGCGGCCAGUGCACGGGCCGCCGGACCCUGGCCGUCGCCCUGCCGGCCGGGUCGCCCCCGCGCCGUCUCGAGCUGAUGGUGGAGCUGGCGCUUUUUGCCGGCGACGGCGAUGUUGUCCUCGCAGUCAACUAUGCUAUGUUCUAUGAGCACGAGUCGUGCUCGCACCAUGCUGCCAGCGUGUAGCUAUUUAAGCGCCGCCGGCAUUGCAUUGCAGCAUCGCAACUAACUGCGUGCCUACCGGCUUCGUUGUCGUGUAACAUGUGCGUCGACCCCGUGACCUCGUUGCCGAGGGCACUCCGCGGCCGCUGGCCUGCGAGGCCUGCUACCAUUCGUGCAGAGAUGUUUCGGACUCGGCCCGGUGCGUGCGUAGCCCCCAUACCAAUCCCGCGCCCUGUCGCUGAUGAUAGCCGUCUUGUAAACAUCGCUUACGCGGUUAGCCGACCGACCGACCGGCCAUCAGUGGUAGUGGCGGGCGAGGUCGGCGGCGGCCCGCAGACCGCCGAUGGUCCGCCUGGCGGCCGGGCGGGCGGCCGCCCCGGUCGUCAGCCGCCCCCUUGACGCGGGGUCGCUGCGCCGGGCUCGCCGACUGCCGCGCCACGACCCCGCGCGCACACUAGGUUUGAAUGGCGGCAUCUCAGCCCGGUUCGUGUAUAUGACGGCCUCCAUGAGGCCGGAUGUGUACUUUCCUGAGGUCUGGUGUCAGUAGGUGGGCGCUCUGUUUGCGUAUGUUCCGUGCACCUUGUCCGCUAGUCGGCGUCGUUGAUGGUGAUGGCAGUCCGGCUGUGCCAUCUUACGCUUGGGGUUGUUUAAUGUGACGCGGUUCUUGCGUCAUGCGCCGUCUAAUUUUAUGACGUCUUCAAAAAGACAUUUGCAAUGCCAAGCGCCUCGGAAACGAAGCAUGGGACGCAUGCAUGAAAUACGUGCCCGGCCAGGGGCUCUUACUUCUUUCUGGAGCGGGUGUCUCGUGUCAUUAGCUGGUUACCAGCCUAAAGCAAGCAGAUUCGUUAUCCAGCAGGAGGUUGCCUUGUAAUCUCCCUAGACAGAGCGCGAGACUCCGUCUGGAGUGGCGCCGGGCCCCUGUGACAGACUGCGGGACUCGCGCUGGAGUGGCGCCGGGCCCCUGUGACAGACUGUGGGACUCGGGCAGGGGUAACGCCUCCUAUGUCAUUCUCGCCACCGAGCGCGCGUCGCCGUGGACCACGCCCCGCUGCGCUGUGAUGGCCCCGGGUCUCCUCUGUGCGGUCGUCGCCGGUUGUCCGCUGCUGUGAUAUUGCCGUGUGCGGCAUGGGUGCGCCGGUUCUUCUCGCCGACUGGGCGUGGUCGGCUGGCCGGGGUCGCGGUGUGUCCGCACCUGGCACCUCGCUGGAGAGUACGGCGGGCCCGCUGCGGGUACGGCCGAAUGCCGCCUCGUCGGAGCUACCCCGACGCCACGUGUUCGCAGCUGACAUCACUGCUCCGAGUGAAGUCGGAGAAUAAAGGUCUGA